AUGGCUUUGCUAACCUUCCCUGUCCUCCUGGCUGCUGCUGCCCUACUGUGCGCAGUUGCCCUCGCAAAGAAGUUUUACUCUCCUCUUGCCAGAAUACCGGGUUCCAAACUAUCUUUAUUUAGCUCCGUCCAACUACGAUACCAUGAGCUACAAGGAAGACGGACUGCGUUCGUUCAUAGCAUGCAUCAGCGCUAUGGGACAGCCGUCCGGUUGGGCCCUAAUGAGGUCUCCUUCGCGUCUGCAUCCGCAAUGAAGGAGAUAUACAUGUCAAAGGGAAGCGGCUACGACAAGACUGAUUUCUACGAUUUGUUCCGCCAAUUUGGUCUCAGUACUAUGUUCUCCGAUAAGAAAAAGGAACCGGUAUGGUACUCUCUCCUCUCAAUGUUAGCUACAAGGUUACUAAUGGAUUAUGUGUCUUUUCAGCACAGCAAGAGAAGACGAAUCCUAGCAGAUCGCUAUGCCAACUCCAACAUCAUGCGUGAAGACUCGCUGCACGGAAUCCAACAACGAUCCCAGAACUUCGUUACCAGGAUUAAAGAGAGUCAACAACAAGGAUUCGAUAUAUAUCUCCAUCUUCAUAACUACGCGUUUGAUUGUGUCACACACCACCUGUUCCACCCCUAUGGAAGCAAUUCACUGUUAGAUAAAGGCGACGAGGAGAUAAUGUGCGAAGUGUCGUUUGAUAAUAGUCUUGUCCGCCGGCUAAUGAUAUUUUAUAAUCCAACAUUCGGUCACUUCCUCGGAAAAAUGGGACUGUUUGGUGCGCAGCGUGCCAUCCCUCGUGCCCAAGCCUUGGUAAAGAACGCGGUCAACCAAGAGAACUCUGCCAGCUUUACCCUCGUUGGUGCUCUUCAAGACGGAAAAGGAAGCCUGGAUUCCACUCAAAUCGCCUCGGAGUGUAUGGACCACAUGGUUGCGGGAAUUGAGACAACCGGUGAUGCACUAUGUUUUCUCAUGUGGCAACUGUCCCAGCCUGCAUAUGUUGGCCUCCAAGACCGACUUCGCGCUGAGCUCAGAGAGAAUGCCAACAUGUCUAUCCAUGAAUUGCCGUUUCUGGACGCGGUCGUCAAAGAAGGCCUCCGAGUCUUUCCCUCUAUUCCUAUGAGUCUACCUCGAUGCGUACCUGCAGGGGGCGCAACGGUUGAUGGGUACAGGCUACCUGAGGGCACAACUGUCAGCUGCCAACCGUUUUCGAUGCACAGAAUGGACGAAGAUGUUUUCCCAGCUCCGGAUAGCUUCGAUCCAGAUCGGUGGCUGGAAGAGAAGGGAAAUGCGGACCGCAACCGUUUGUUUUUCAGCUUCUCUGGUGGAGGAAGAGCAUGUAUUGGUCGACAUCUAGCAACGGCUGAGAUGAAAACGCUUCUGCGUGAUAUCUACGGUCAAUUCAGAAGCACGCCAGCUGAUGAAAUGACGGCUGACAUGACAAUGGAUGAUCAAAUUUUCACAACGAGGCCAAAGGGGCAGAAGUGUUUACUCAAUUUCACAGUUGUAGAGUAA